GUGCAUCAAAAGCUUGUUAGAGAGGAUUGGAAAGAGGUUGCAUUUCAUUUCAACCUUCUUAUAAGAGGUCUCCUUAUUGGCAAAGCAUGGUUGAUGCCAUUGCUAUUUGUGGGGCGGGUUUCAAAGCCCCUUCUGAUUCCGAGAUAAGUGGCCCAAUCUUGAUAGAAUUGGUGGCUGAUGUAAAAGCCACAUUAGAGGAACAUCGAGAGAUAUGGAAGAAGAAGGGUUGCACCAUCAUGACCGAUGGUUGGACUGAUAGGAGAAAUCGGACGCUCCUAAAUUUUCUUGUUUCUUCUGCAGGUGGCACCAUGUUCAUUAAGUCCAUUGAUGCUUCCGCACAUUCUAAAAAUGCCACUUACCUAUGUGAGGUUAUAGAGGAGGUCAUAUAUGAAGUGGGCGAGGAGAAUGUAGUACAAGUGGUGACCGAUAAUGCAGCAAAUUAUGUUGCUGCAGGUAAACUUUUGAUGGAGAGGCACCCAUCUAUAUUUUGGUCUCCCUGUGCUGCCCAUUGCAUUGACCUCAUGUUGGAGGACAUUGCUAAGAUUGCAUGGAUCAGGACAUGUGUAGAGAAGGCAAAAAAUAUUUGCAAAUUUGUAUACAAUCAUGCAUGGGUCCUUAACUUAAUGAGGCAAUACACGAGGCAGAAGGAGUUGGCUCGUCUUGGAAUCACUAGAUUUGCCACUAACUUCAUCACACUGCAAUCCUUGAUUCGCAGUAAGGCAGCUUUGAGACGUAUGCUUGUUGGUGAGGAGUGGACUUCCUCAUCCUAUGCUACGAGUGCUGCAGGAGUUGAUGUUGCAGAUUACAUUUUUGAUGAGCCAGGCUUUUGGACCCCUUGUGCUGAGAUCGUGAAGUUCAUUGAGCCCUUGGUAGUUCUCCUACGUGUUGCUGACGGGGAGAAGCCUGCAAUGGGCUACAUAUACGAGGGCAUGGAUAGGGCCAAGGAGGGCAUCAGAUCUGCCUAUGAAGGGGAUGAGAGUAAGUAUCGUCCCAUUUGGGAUAUCAUUGACAGGAGAUGGCAGACCCAGCUUCACAGGCCCCUUCAUGCAGCUGCUUAUUACCUCAAUCCGGCAUUCCAUUUCCGCCCUGAUUUCAAGGCGGAUGAGGAGGUUCUUAGUGGGCUCUACUCAGUGAUAGAGCGAAUGUCGCCUGGUCAUAGCAGCAAUAUAGUCCAGGAGCUAGAGGCUUUUUCUAAUGCUGAAGGGGAGGUCUUCUCUCGUAUGCUUUGCAUAGAAAAUCGGACAAAAAUGCAGCCAGAUAGGUGGUGGCAGAUGUUUGGUCCUAAAACACCAAAUCUUCAACAGGUAGCCAUUCGUAUUUUGAGCCAACCAUGCAGUGCUUCCGGUUGUGAGCGCAAUUGGAGUAUGUUUGAGCACAUACACUCCAAGAGGCGCAAUAGACUGUCUGUGGAGAGGUUGAAUGAUCUAGUCUUUGUUCAUUACAACCUCCGUCUUAGACACAAACAGGUUAUGGACCAUGACAGCACCCCGAUCACGCUAGAGGAGGUUGAUCCAGAAUCUGAGUGGAUCAGUGAGGCUACAGAUCCUUUGUUUGGUGAUGAGGACUUAGAUUGGAUCGACGAGGUAGAUAGAGAGGCUGAGGUUGUAGCCAUGGCAGAGGAGGAGGUUAGAGCGCGAGGAGAGCCAGAGCCAGAGCCAGAGCCAGAGCCAGAGCUAGAGCCAGACACAGCUGAUGUUUGUGAGGGUAGAAUGGAGUCACGGGCAGAGAGUAUGGCUGUUGAUGCAUCCAGGACCUACCUUAGGGUUAGACGCCUUCGUAGGAAGGACCCAGGCUCCUUUGAGCCAUAGACUUGUAGUUGUUUUACUUUUUGAUAUAUGUGUGGAACUGGAACAUUUGAAUUUUGAUGUCAUGGAUUUGAUAUUCCAUGAGUUUUGUAAUAUUUUUACAUUUGACACUAUUUAUAUAUCUAUGGUUAUUGGUUGCUAUUUCCUUCAGCUACAAUUUGCGUUUAUACUAAUGUGAUCGAUGUAUACUUGUGUAUGUGAUCAAAUUAACUUCUAUUUGAUGAUGUUAUUGUGUAUUUAAGGUUUGUUUAAUAAAGGGUGCAUUAAACAAGUUUUAAAUCCUUAAAAAUCGCUAAAUUUCUUGGGUUUUUCACUUUGCCGAGUCCUGCCGAGUCCUAGCCGAUCCG